GGGUACCGACUAUUCUUUUGGGAAACCCGAAAUCAGAAAACCCUAAAACGCGUUUGGCGACGAGAAGGAGAAGGGGAAGAAGAAGUUGUAGUCGUAGAGCUUUCGAUCGAAACCCUAAAUUUUUUUUUUCCCGAUUGAGCUGGUUGAGAGUUCCUUUUUGAGGAAAGAGAGAGGGCUUUUGAAGCAGAUGAUCGUGAGUCAGAAGAUGGUUAAGGAGGCGGAGUUUGUUUGUCCACCGAGCUUGCAGCAGGUCCUGGACGUUCAGUGUCCGGCGAUGUUCCGCGAAGCCUGCGUGACCGAGUCGGUCUCCGCAGAUAUCUCCCGCAUCGAAUCGGUUGUCAACUGCCUUCAGACUGCGAAUGAUGCUGCUGUUGUGUCUGAUGCUGUUAAAUUUGUUCCAAGGAUUCGUUCUGGUAGCUAUGCUGACAUGGGCUCUCGGAUUUCCAUGGAAGACGAACACAUCAGAGUUGAUGAUCUGUCUGCCCAUUUGGGUUAUGAAUGUUGCACACCAAGUGCCUUCUAUGCAGUUUUCGAUGGCCAUGGAGGCCCUGAGGCAGCUGCAUACAUCAAGAGGAAUGCGAUGAAGCUAUUCUUUGAAGAUACUGUUUUACUAGAGACACCCCCAAUUGAUGAUAUCUUCUUGAAAGAGCUGGAGAGUUAUCACCGUAAAGUUUUCCUGCUAGCAGACCUGGCCUUGGCAGGUGAUUGCAGUGUGAGCAAGUCAUGUGGAACAACGGCACUGACGGCUUUGAUACUAGGAAGACAUUUGUUGGUGGCCAACGUUGGUGAUUGUCGAGCCGUUUUGUGUAGGAAAGGAGAUGCAGUUGAGAUGUCCCAAGAUCAUAGGCCGUCCUUUUUACCUGAGCGAAGACGGGUGGAGGAACUGGGUGGCUGGGUCAAUGAUGGAUAUCUAAACGGCUGCCUAUCUGUUACCCGUGCUCUUGGGGAUUGGGACUUGAAGCUUCCUCUGGGGUCUGCUUCCCCGCUAAUUGCCGAUCCUGAUGUCCAACAAGUUGUCUUGACAGAGGACGAUGAGUUUUUGAUAAUCGGGUGUGAUGGAAUUUGGGACGUGAUGACAAGUCAGUAUGCAGUUAGUCUAGUCAGGCAAGGGCUCAGACGGCACAGUGACCCGCAUCAAAGCGCCAGAGAACUGGUCAUGGAAGCAUUGCGCCUUAAUACUACCGACAACCUGACAGUGAUAGUGAUAUGCCUCAGCUCCCCUGAUCGGCCGGAGUCAUGCCCCUCUCGGAGGCGAAGACUGAGGUGCAGUCUCUCUGAGGAGGCAAGGAACAGGUUGCAGAGCUUGCUAGAAGGAAAUUGAGUGCAUUUUUGUGUAAAUACCAUUAUUUUUGUUACGUCACAUCGUUAUGGAGGAUGAUCUUUCUUUCAUCUGUUUGUGGCUGUUUCAGAUGAUUUAG